GUGCAAUAUAUAAAAUCGAGAAUAAGAGAUGUUGGAAUAUAAACUGAUGUAUGAACGUAACCCAAAGAGUGAACUCGGCAGCAGAAGGUUGUUUAUACCUUUUCUGAUCUGAAGACAGCCGAAGAGAGGAUUUGGUUAAGGAAAUAGGAUUUCACAGAGUUUAGGGGGUUUCCUCUGAAUUACCAGCACAGACUGCAUCAUCUCCUUCAGUCAUGGCUCCCUCACUGGCCACAGCCUUCUCCAGGCGAUGGUGGAUGGCGAUUACUGCGGUGAUUGAAAACCUGUUGUUCUCUGCUGUCCUGCUCGGAUGGGGCUCACUGCUCAUUAUGCUAAAAUCAGAGGGCUUUUACUCCUACCUCUGCAGAGAACCAGGUAAUGGUACAGGGCAGAACGUAUCUGAGAAUGAAAACGAUACGACAGUGGUCCCAAGAGAUGAGGAGGAGGGUAAUCUUCAGAUGAAUGGCUGGCCCAUUUGCAAAGAGCAAGAUGAGAUGCUGAACCUGGCCUUCACCAUUGGCUCCUUCCUCCUCAGCGCCAUCACUCUGCCCCUCGGUAUCAUUAUGGACAAAUACGGCCCACGCAAAUUAAGGCUGCUCGGCAGUGCCUCAUUUGCCCUCUCCUGCAUCCUGAUUGCAUAUGGAGCAAGUAACCCUAGAAAUCUUUCCAUCCUGAUAUUCUUUGCCUUGGCGCUGAAUGGGUUUGGAGGAAUGUGCAUGACCUUCACCUCGCUUACACUUCCCAACAUGUUUGGUGACCUCCGCUCCACUUUCAUCGCACUCAUGAUUGGCUCGUACGCCUCAUCCGCUGUCACCUUCCCGGGAAUAAAGGUGAUCUACGACCUCGGUAUUGCCUUCAUCACCAUUCUUCUGGUGUGGGCUGGCUGUGCCGGCCUGGUCUUCAUCAACUGCUUCUUCAACUGGCCACUCGAGCCCUUCCCAGGACCUGAGGACAUGGAUUUCACCGUGAAGAUCAAGUUCAGCUGGCUUGGAUUUGACCAUAAAAUCACAGGGAAACAGUUCUACAGGCAGGUGACCACUGUUGGUCGAAGGCUGAGUGUUGGCAAUUCAAUGAAGAACAAUCCACAGAAGCUGGCUGCCCAAGACGGCAAUAAACUCUGCCUAUCAACUCUCGAUCUGGAGGUCCAGUGCAAGUCUGAAGAGGAAUCCCAGUCCUUCAUGCGGAGCAUCUUUAGCCCCAUAUUCAUGCUCAGCCUCAUCACAAUGUGUGUGACUCAGCUCCGUCUCAUCUUCUACAUGGGGGCCAUGAACAAUAUUCUGGAGUCCCUUGCAGAUAGAGACCUAAACAAAGUGGAGAGGAUGGAAAUGGUGAGCACGUACACAUCUAUCUUCGGGGUGCUACAGUUGCUGUGUCUCCUAACGGCCCCUGUGAUCGGUUACGUCAUGGACUGGAAGCUCAAAGAGUGCGAGGACGAAAACGAGAAACAAGUGGCAAAGGAUCCUAUUCAGCCAAAGAAACGUGACAGACAGAUCCAGAAGAUCAGCAAUGCCACCCGUGCGUUCAUCUUCACUAAUUUGCUGCUGGUCGGCUUUGGUAUGACCUGUCUGGUGCCCAAUCUUCAUGUACAGAUUUUUUCCUUUGUGUUGCACACCAUUGUGAGAGGCUUCAUCCACUCUGCCGUUGGUGGCUUGUAUGCAGCUGUGUACCCGUCUUCUCAGUUUGGCAGUCUGACGGGAAUGCAGUCCCUCAUUAGCGCACUUUUUGCAUUGUUGCAACAGCCUCUCUUCAUGGCCAUGAUGGGUCCGCUAAAUGAAGAUCCACUCUGGGUUAACGUGGGGUUACUCGUCCUGAGCAUGCUGGGAUUCUGUCUGCCCAGUUAUCUUCUGUGCUACGGCAGACAGCUGCGCCGAGAGAAGCAGGAGCGCGAGGAGGACCCCAAGAUCUACGUCCAGAUCAACAACAGCACAACCCCAGAGGCCUUUGUCUAACUGCAACGCACAAAUGACAGCAGCUAGCAUAAAGAGCAGGAAGAAGGAGGGUGGGAAAUAAAAGAAGAGAACUGAAGGUCACAAGACGAGUGAUAAACACCUCCCUUAUCCCUCCUUCUGUCUGUCACACAUAUUCAUGUAUUCCCAACAGGCACACAACACUCAAAACAGGCACAAAAUACAGCCAAAGCAACCGAGAGUCCCACAAUGUGCCACAAAAUCACACGUUUACACGCAAAAGGAGUGAAUGGACACUGUGAAAGGCGGGUCUUGAAAAAACAAACAUGAUGCCCUUGUCCUUGAAACAGACAAGGACAUCAAGACUUUCUAUCCUGCCUGACAAGAAAGAAGAGAAAGGCCCUCGUUUCUCAUAGUUAUACCUUUUGAAUUUCACAUCACGACGAUACAAAAGACGAAGCAGAUUCAGUGAAAUUCUCUCAGGUUGAAGGAAGCCUGAUGACGCUUCCUGAACAGAGUAUUAAUACGUCACUAGUGUUCAGCUUUGUUGCCAAGCUUUUUUUCAAACAUUUACUGCGACUAUAAACCCAUUUGUGAACUGAUUUGAAAAUCACUAUGAACACUUUACAUCGCUCUCAGCUCAUAAAGCUGCUGAAAAGUGAGACGAGGACCCUCUAUUGCGGUUUGAAUAUGACAAACUACCUUAAAGCAGAACGACUGCUCGUUAUCUGUCCCAUAUGGGUUUUCAAUGGAAGUGGGCAGAUUUUAGAUUUUAAUCUCAUACAGUAUAUACAAGUACCAGCAUGCUUUGGACAGCAUGAGCAUGAAACUACAGCUUUUUCUGAACUGGGCUGAUUUUAAAAGACUUUCGGACCAUGGCACCUGAGGCUAAUGUAAUCUAAACACAAUUUUAGUAUGAGAAUUGUACUAUUAUUUGCUUUGGCAUGCAGAUUCAGUACAUCUACGUGCGAGAUAAUGCAUUUUUUGUACAUAUCAGUCCAUUCAGAAGGUUGUAGAAGCCAUGUGGGUCUAAACGGUUUGGAUUAAGGCGGUAUUUUGGGGAUUAGCCUCACAUUUCGAUCAAGAGUGACUGAUCUUCACCAGCAAUACUCAUACCGUUCCCUAUACCACUUCCCCAUGCAGUACUACUGGUUGAGCUUCACUUGUUAGUGUUUAUUUCCUUGUAUUGACUCGAACAAUUAUUCAGGGUGUUUCACUUUUAGAGUAAUAAUUCAUAUCAGAUGUAUUCACCUGCAAUAUGAUCCCUUCAAGCUUUGCUUUGCCACACGUGCAUUGAGGGGUAUAAAAUGAGACACAGAGUACUCUCGGUAAAGAGAUUAGAUGCCAUUAUCGUAUAUAUACAUAUAUAUAUAUAUAUAUAUAUCUUGCACUACAGGGUUUAUAAUUACAGAGGUGCUUACAUUAGCCAUUAUGGAGUAUAUGCGUUCUGUUCCAACCUCGUACAUGCAUGAAAACCACGUUAGCCAUAAACGUUACAAGAUUUUUGUGCGUUCUCAUGAUUUCUGGUUGCCAUUUAACUACGGUGCUUAAUACAAUAGAAAAGCAAGAAGGUUUCUGUGCUGGUCAAGCUGCAGAAACCCAAUACAGAAAUUAGCUGACUAGUCAACCUUGUGGUCAUAAGGACUUGAAUUUAAUUCAUAGUGAUUAAAAAAGGGAGACUUUUGAGACAUGCUUGACGACAAUCCCUUUGGAAAACCCAUAUAUUUGUAGCUCACAAUGGGUUUCAGGCCAGUAUUGUGCCCUUUGAAAGACAAAAUGUGGUAACUACAUACAACUUGAGUGAAAUUGGGUCUUUUAGGCUGAUAUGUCAGAAGACAGAUGAGUAUUUUCAGAAAAUUGUGUAAAAAUUAUGUAAAAUCAAUCAAACAUCUUGCAACUGUUUUUCUCGAUUCCAGUGUUGUAGUUGAUGUGUUUUGCAUAAAUCACUGAACAUUUCUCAGCAAAACAUUGAUUUGAAAGAUGGUAGGGUUAGGGUUAGGUCACAACCUCACUCACUUAAACAGUAUUUUCAUUGUAAACCUAUCUGAAAUGACGUUUGUAUGAGAUCCUGAAUGAGUAUCUUUUCAACAGUGGCCAUAAACGUGACCAUAAUUUAUGACCCCUCUGAAGAGGAACAGGUCAGAUCCACCUAGCAACAUCCACUUAUUGUCUGUCACACUUUUUUGUGAAUAUUUUGGCUAGACACGAGUCCUGGAUGGACUGCAUUUGCUGGCUUGAACAUGACUGGAUAUUGCAAGUGAAUUCCAAUCUAAAGCAGUACUGUACUAAGCAUAAUGAAUGUGAGAGCAAACCCAUUUGCUCUCCGAAUGAGAGAAGUAGCACUUUUUCUCACUGCCAUACCUUAAAUUUUCAUUCUUUUCUCAAGUCACAGUCACAUUUUAUUUUAAUUUCAAAUGUUGAUUCAUUAUAUCCCAUUGUAUGUGUAUGAGUGUGGAAAAUGCCCAUACGCAGUAAGAGGGAAGAAAAGUUGGAACGAUCAGCUUUAACACCAAUGUUUUCUCUCUGUCUUGUAUAUUUUUUUUUGUGUGUGUAAUUUGUUGAUGAUUAUUUGGUUGAUUUUUCUACCUUGUAGUUUGUGUUUUCAAUUAUGUGUACGUGUACAUAGUUUUUCUAUUUUUUCUUCUUUUGGUGGGUGUUUUACUGUAUUUUAGCUUUUGGUUUUCUUCCAUUGUAUCACUAUAUAGCGACUUUUUGAAUAAAUGUCCAAAAUAUCAGAUAUGUGAAAUUAAAUAAACAGAUUAAUUUGUAUGAAA